AAGGCGUUCAAGCGCAGUGGCUGGCUUCUACCAUGAUUUAAGGACGAGGAUUCCAACUGUCUCAACAGAACAACGCUCCUCUCUAGCUCUUCAACCCUCACCGCCUAUCUACCUUCAAUACCAACAUGACUGACGUUCUUGGUGUUCUUGUCAUUGCCCGUAAUGGUGACCGCACAGAGUACUACCAAGACCCUAAGACCUACGAGAGCUCCUACACCGAAAGCACUGCCCUUGGUGCUGCCGAGUCUCACCAGCUCGGAACCUUCCUUCGCUCGACCUACAUGUCCCCGGGUUCUCCUUCAUACAUCGCGAAAUUGAAAACAAGCUACUAUAACGACGCCGGAAACUACACCGACAUCUCAGAACUCCGAUUGACGAUCAAGAGUCGAGACUUGAAAAUUCUUGUGGCAUUAGAGUCCUUGCAUGCUAACAGAUUAUACAAAGCCGGUUCUGUAGUAUGGGCUUGCUUAGCGAAAAACAAUCGAAAAAGGACGGGACACUCACCGUGAAUGUAGAUGUGAACAAAAGUAGAUCGGCUGUACGAUUUCAUCAGGUGGCCUUGGUUAGGCUUUGAAAGAGUGGGAUGCCAUGGUUAAUAAC